AUUGUGGGGGACAGCCAGCUCUUUGACUUCAUGAGAAUGCAUUCUCGGCACAUUACGCGGCAUCUAUCGUUGAAAGAACGCCUCGAGCGUGCGGCGUCUGUCGCUAACGUCGCGAUGCUGCGCACAUACUCCGAGCCUUCCCAUGUUCAGAUAAGCACGAUUAACUGGCUUACAUUUCUCUUGGAGUCGGGACUCAGGACCCUUCCGCCGGACGACGCCUUCACUCGCACGAAGAUUUUGAACCAGCUAGACAUCAGCCGGUCCAUCCUCGCGCCCAUCCGCCGUCUACCCGUCGAGCUCUUGUCUUACAUUUUCUCCAUCGUGGUAAAAGGAUCUCCCUUGCGUACUCUGAACGUCGCCGUAACCCUUUCGCACAUUUGCAUCGCCUGGCGCAGAGUCGCGCGUGCGCAUGCAGCGUUGUGGACGACGGUGGUCAUAGAGAGCCUAGUCGAUUUCGAUAAAUAUCGCGAGCUAUUCUUUCCGUUGACGAAAGACAUGACGCUCGAGCUGAGAUGUGACGCUCACGAGAUCCUGCCGGACUUGUGGGAUCGCAUGGCGCUGUACACCUCUCGCUGGCGCCGCAUCACACUCGGAGCUCAUCUUAGCGUACUGCCAGAGCUCAAGGUCCUCCACAUGGAGAGGCUAGAGCGCUUGGUAGUAUUCGCAUACGAUGCACCUAACUCUGCAGACCUCAGCGCCCUCGACUUCGUCGUCGCACCACAUCUUCGCCACAUCAGGCUCACGAUCGACGUCCUGCAGAGCGAGCGCCAGCUGCACGUCCCUGUGGCGCGCGCGCUCACGUCUCUGGAAAUCGACGUGAUGUCACCCUUCCCCGUCACUCACGCACUUCCUCUCCUUCGAGCUUGCGCGAACAGGCUGCAAUCACUCGUUCUCAAAGUUCGCUACCCACUGGAAGGCCCUGAAAGCUCGUACACGACGAGCGCGUCAGAGACGUUCGUCAUGGAAGCUCUCACCCUUCUCAGCCUUGUCGAUUCUGCAUGCGCGUUGCUGAACCACAUCGCCGCCCCGCUUUUGGACGAGCUCAUCCUCAGCAACGUGCCAGCGUAUGGCUCGGGUUCUUUGCUGCAUUUCUUGGCGCGAAGUCAGGCCGCUCGCCAUCUGCACAUACUAAGGGUCUAUCAGGCCGAAGAAAAAGAUAUAUUCGCCUGGAUCCCCUGCCUCCGCCUCAUGGACAACCUCAGUCAACUGCACUUCGACGAGUUAUUGUCGAGCGAGGUAUUUCUAAGGCAAUUGGCUCAGUUGGAGCCCCCUCUUCUACCUUCGUUGGAGCAUAUUGCCAUCUGCCACAUCUUCUGGAAUCACCGAGAACUGCACGAAGCUAUUGAGGAUCUGUGCGGAGCGAGGGACAGGGAGGAAGUGGUCGAUGGAGAGAUUAUACAUGUAGGCCUUGGGUGGAUCGAGGAGUAAUCAAUUCUAUUGGUACGCGAGCGACAUACUGUAUGAAGCGUUCGAAGUUACCUAUAUACAUGAUUUCUACUGUAACUAUAUGCUCACUAUCAAGGGGCCAGAUUGCGGCGGGUAGGCAGUUGAUUCCAUGACUCCCUCGAGCUGCGCGUUGCGAGUCAUUAUUAUCUUGCGAGUGGGCGUGUCGGCUGGGG